AUGGCUAACCGAGCUAAAGUUGGCAAAGAAGUAGACAGGAUCAGCAGUUUGCCCGACGAACUUCUUUUUCACAUUAUCUCAUUCCUUCCAUUGAAACAAGCAGUUUGCACAUCUAUUCUUUCAACAAGGUGGCGUAAGAUUUAUGCUUCGAUGUCUAAUCUUAACUUCGAUGAUUGUUUUAAAUGGAGAAAGUCAGAUGGUUAUGGUUUCAUGAAUUUUGUGGAUCGAGUUCUGCUUUACCAUACUGGGGGUGUGGAUAAAUUUCGUAUAAAAUAUGGAGGAUUUGUUGAUUCAUAUAGAGUUGAUGGAUGGAUACAAUAUGCAUUGCUGAAGAAUGUUAGAGAGCUUGAUUUAUACAUUGAUUGUCAUAAGUUCAAAGUGCUUUCUGCUGGAGUUUCUACUUGCAAGACAUUGGUGGCAUUAAGAUUGCACAGUCUCGCUGCAGCAACUAAUCUAUUUAAAGGCAUUUCUAAUGUUAUAGCACUUCGUAUAUCUGGUAUUUUUACAGCGGUUUUCCUACCAGGUAGUAUCGCAAUCCCUGAGUUGCCUAAACUGACUUAUUUGAAUCUUGAUGGCUACUUCUCUGGUGGGUGGGAAAGACUGCUACCGCAUUUACUCUCAUGUUUUCCUUGUCUAGGAAAUCUUGUCUUUACGGUCAAUCUGCAGCAUUCGCGCAACGUCAGCAAAGAUCUGCUACUAUCCAAGAGAUUUCCUUCCUGUCUAUGUUCUCAACUCAAGACACUUGAAAUUUUGUCAUUCCAAGGUAGAAAAAAUGAGAUGCAAAUGGUUGAAUUUUUUCUGAAGAAUGCAGAAGUUCUGGAGAAUUUCUCAGUACAGAUUAUAGCAAGGAAAAGGCAGAACUUAGCAGAAUGGAGAUCCAAUAUCACUGACAAAUUGUUGAAUUUACCAAAAGCCUCAAAGAAUUGUAAAGUCUUGGUUGUCUGA